AUGGCAAAGCACAGCACCGUCAAGGGCACCUAUGGCCCGGGCACCUUUACCGACGCCGCCUAUACGCCCCUGCCCGCCGAAUGCCGGCGGUUGCUCAAGUACUUUGCCGAGUCCACCCCGGGAUUCACCACGGACGAUGCCGCCCUGUCCAGCGUCGAGUUCCACGGUGGAGACCUUCCCAUCAUACCGGGCCCGCUGAAAUCCCAGGCCAUGUCCGCCGUCUGCCAGGCAAUGAUUGGAAUCGUGGGCAAGGAGAUCUGCAGCUUGAGGGGCUUUGACACGGGAAACAUCUCCGUCGAUGUCGACAAGUCGGGCCUGUACCCGGCAACGCCUGCCUUGGUGUCGGUUGACGGCAAGGGCUUGGCCGACAUGGAAAAGGACGGCACCUUGCUCAAGGUCGGCAAGGACCUGGACAAGGGUGUUCUGACCAAGAACGACAUGCAUUACCGGUCCUGGUCCAUCUACCCAACCAAAGACCCUCAUGUCUGGUACCAGAUCAUGGGAAACCUCCACCCUGCCGACUUCCUUAGAGCAUAUGGACUGGACCCCACGGCCAAGACGUCGUCUCGGGAGGAGGCCUACAACAUCAUCAAGGCAGAGAUGGUGAAAUACUCGGCCGCCGAGCUUGAGCAGAAGAACAUGGAACACGGCUUUUGCGGCCAGACUUGCUACACGCCCGAGCAGUGGAGACAAACCACCAUGGGCCAGCGUCUUGCCGGACACCCUGUCGUCAACUACAGCCGGAAGAGCGAGACUCCAGACCUCCCGCCGGUUCCGUUUCCCAAGUCGGAUGACAAGCGCCCGCUGGCGGGGAUCAAGGUGAUUGAGCUCGCCAGAGUCAUUGCCGGCCCGGCCAUGGGCGCGGCGCUCGCCGCACUGGGUGCCGACGUCAUCAAGGUGCAGUGCCCAGACUUGCCGGAUCUUCAACCCUUGAGCGCCUCCCUGACUGCUGGCAAACGCACGUACGGGCUUGACCUCUCCAAGGAAGCCGAUAGGGAGGAGCUGCACAGCCUGAUGGCAGACGCCGAUGUCAUCAUCCAAGCCUUCCGCCUGCGUUCACUCGAGCGGAAGGGGUUUGGUCUUGACGACCUGCUCGCAAAGGCCAACAAGCGAGGCAAGGGCAUUGUCUACAUCGACCUGAACUGCUACGGGCCCGACGGCUACUACGCCGAGCGACCUGGCUUUCAGCAGAUUGCCGAUGCAGCCUCGGGCUGCUCCUACGUCUGCGGCAAGGCCUACGGAUUCGACGAGGGCGUCAGCGUCCUGCCCUCGCUGCCCAUUGCAGACAUGCUGUCCGGCGCCGUCGGGGUCAUCGACACGAUGCUCGCACUGCGAGACCGCGCCAAGUUUGGCGGCUCGUAUCACGCGACCGUUGCCCUCACCUCAGUCGACGCUGUGCAGCUGGAGGAAGACGUCGGUCUCUACCCCCCCGAAAUCGUCAAGAAGAUCCAGGACAAGUACAAGUUCGCGCCAAUGACGCCUGAUCUUCACGUCGAGGAGCUUCUCUUCAUCCUGGGAGAGUCCUGGAUGAAGAAUUCAGAUCUGCUAGGCCGGGACGGAUACAUGGCCAGCUUCAGCUCCCCGUGGGGCAAGAAUCAUUCCAUCCUGGCGCCCAUCGUCAAGUACGAGAACGACGCGGCGAGCCCGCACUGGAAUCAUGGCCCUGUGCCUUACUGCUCCAGCAAAUCCGUGGCCUGGGCAUAA